CCUCCUUGCCAGACGAACUGCGGCGGCUCCAGGAUCCUGCAGGCAAGAGGGUAAAAUCACAAGAAGAACCAACCUGCCCAGAUUCAACUGCAUUUUAUUCACCUUGUUUGGAGAUAACGAUACCGUGGCCGUUCUUACAGAAUACCUGUCGCUCUGCUCCAUCUCUGCAAUAUAGCAUAUACUACCUGUUGCUGCUAGUAACAACGGAGGAGAAGAGGGGGAGACUACACCUUGCGACACUUGGAUCUCUUAUAAACACACUUUGUAGGGAGUUGGAUUUCGCAACCUUUAAUCUUUUGCACACCAAGUGUGUUAUUUUGUCUGUGUCCAUUUUGGGAUAUUAGUGGUUUUAUCAUAUAUAUAGUAUACACGUUUCUAAAGUGCCUUACAACUGGUAUUAAUCCAGUAUUCCAACGCCAGAGACUCAACCAGUGACUAUCACAUAGAAAGGCACAGGAUCUAUCUCUAUAUCCCAGUUUCACCAUGAGUCAAGGGGAUGUAUCAACUUGCUCUGCGCCUCAGAUCGUAUUCCAAGAGGCGGUGAAGCAAGGUAACACAAAGGAACUCCACUCGUUGCUCCAGAACAUGACAAACUGCGAAUUCAAUGUCAACUCCUUCGGGCCCGAAGGACAGACGGCGUUGCAUCAGUCAGUCAUCGACGGGAAUCUCGAACUUGUAAAACUGCUGGUGAAAUUCGGAGCCGAUAUUCGAUUGGCGAACAGGGAAGGGUGGAGUGCCUUACACAUUGCCGCUUUUGGAGGACAUCAAGACAUAGUCCUAUACCUCAUCACUAAGGCAAAAUACUCUUCUGGCGCACGGUGAUCUGCUACACUGCUGUCAGGUAAACACACGGAAAGCCCUUAUAAAUUAGCGUUUCGAUCUAUAGUUGUGCCAAAUUAUAGCCUACAAAACACAGUAACUUCCCUUUCAUCAAAACCAAACGGGGGUCUCUCUCACUCGUGAGUCAAACACCACAUGGUUCUUGUAUCCGCUUCAGCAUAAAAAAACGCCAUUUUGGUGGGUUGGUACUAAAGCUUUUUCCUUGAACGUGUAUAAUAGAUUGGGACGUAUAAAAUAACUAAGCCAGUGUUUGGGUCCCGAGACCUGAUAGCAGCCUAGUUUUACGCAGCGAUAGACUUUCUAUAUUUUUUUUGCCGCGGUUACAUUGAAACACUUCUUUAUUGGGCUUCGUAUUGAGGUGUCGCCCUGUAGCUGCGGUGGUCACUUUGUAAGACCCUUUUAAAUGAUUUUAUAUACUGAAAGAUGGCACUUGUUGCUGUGGCUGCAUGCUGGAAUAUAUGAAAGGGAACAAAAGGUGAACACGGGAAAUGAAGGCCAUCCUGUAUUUGGCGAUUAUUUCUUUUUUAAAUUAUAGAAUUUGAUCUGUUUCAAAGAGCAGCAUUAUUAGGCCUAUAUAUAUAUAUAUACCCAACUGGCAUUUCCAGAUGUGUAAUCAUUGUAACGACUAUUGACUUAAUGUUGUUAAGUACUUUACACAAUAGCUUUACUUUGUUUCUUUAUAAUUAAAAAAAGUAGCUGAAUGCGCCCUGCCUUCUUCAAGCAGGCUGCUGGCAUGUAUCAAUGUCUUUUCAGGCCAGUGCGACCGCAGUGUCAAUGGUUAAUGUGAUAUAAACCGCUGCUUUCGCUUUGUAUCAAAACGUCAGGAAAGUGGCAUUUGGAAUUCACUUUAAUCUCCUUUCAGUAUUUUAACGAACAACACCCUGGUCAUCACUGUGAAUACAGGCUGGGUUCUAUUUAUGAAGGUACAUUGACAAGAUGCAUUUUGAAAAUUCUGUGGUUAUUCUUUUCAAAUCAAAUCUGUUACGUUUAAGAAUAUUUAGGGUGACUUAUAAAGCUGCUUCAGACUCUAUGCUUAUCAUAGUAUAAACUAUCCUGUGUGGAGACCCCAUGUCACAAUAAGCCUAAAUUUGACCUUGCUAAAGAGAGACUCUUCUUUGUCCCUCAUUAACUUCUUGUUUGGUUUUCUUUGCCAACUACCUCGACUGUAAAGUAUUCAAAACCAUUGGACUCUUGCUCACUCACAACACUCCAAUAUGGGGAGUCACACAUCCUUUAGCACAGUGGUUCGCAACCAUUUUUGGUUACUGUACCUGAAGUACCCCCUCAUGUGCAUUUUACCAGUAGGCCUAGGGUCUGAGUCUUCUCAAGUACCACCUGUGGAUAGGCCAAGAACCCCCAGGGGUCCUAGUACCCCCUAGUUGGAAACCGCUGAUCUAGUCUAUCCCCAAGCCUGUCUGUAGGCCAAAAUAAUGCUCAUACCCACACAAACAUUUUAAAUAAUAGCUAUUUUAGCAGUAGGCCCCAAGCCAAUGUUAUUUAACCCAGUGAUAUAGGCUAGGAGACAACUAUGGUGUUUCUUCUGCAAAGCAAUAAUGUCUAUUUCAUAUUAAUCAAGCCCGUUUCUUAUCUUCAUCUGGGAUGAAUUUAUUUCCCACACUACAACCAAACUUUAAUCUGACAAGCAAAGCGUUUUUUUUUUUUUUUGCCUUUCUGUAAAGGUAUGGUUGCAAACACACAUUGCCGAUUUAAAAAAAAAAAAAAAAAAUACAUUAUAUAGUCGUUCUGUUUGAAGUUUCUAUUUAGUCACAAAAAUUGCAUUUUAUUGCCUGACUUAUAAAUGCAGGGAGUUUUAUUGCACAAAAUGCAGAGCCUUUUACUCCCCCUGGGGCCUGUCCGGGUAACUGCAGGAGUUGAGGCUUAGAAAUAGUUACUACUGAGCAGGAGUAAAACAUUUUAUUACUGUCAUGUUAUGAUGACUAACAUCUACAUGACUUGCAGGAUAUAUAUAACAAAUGGUUUAAACUGCCUGCUGCAUUUUGAAAGUCAUGGCACCAUAAUGUUUGUUUCAAUGCUGCUUGUAUGUUUUAUAUUUGAUUUUACUCAAUGGCCAACAGUAAGUGAAAGACAAAUAUCUGAUAGCAUCACAGUCAUUCAAUGGAAAUCCGUGUGUGUGUGUGUGUGUGCAUCUGUCUGUGUGUGAGAGAGAGUGCACAUGCGUGCAUGAAUGAAUGUGUAUAUAUGUCUGUGUGUGCUGCAUUCAUCUGACUGUUGUGUCCUGAGUGAGUUGAGCUGUGUUCCCCUUCCCUGGCCUGUGUGUGGCCUGCUCCUCUCCUCGAGUGUGUGGCUUUAUGUUGCUACCUGGGGGUCUUCCCUCGCUACAGUAAGGAGAGACACCAGGGAUUAAGGACUGUCCUUCCAUGUACCUGGAAAAGCAAACUAAAGCGAUUAGAAAGAAACAUCAAGGAAUAGAUUGGUUUUAGUGGAACAAAAAAAUAUGCAUCGCUUGUCUUAAACUUGAUAUUUUUUAUAUAUAUAUAUAUAUAUUUUAAAUAUUGCACUGACUGUUGUUGAUUAAGUGGACUUUUUAUCAAGUCAAAUGUAUUGUUUUUCCAAAUAGAAAAAAAGGAACACAACAAAAUACUAUUGUACAAAACAUCUCCAGGUUGUAAUGUUUUGUGUGUUAACUUUGUGAAACAUUGUGUUAAGGCAAAGAUUGUUUGAAUCUUUGUGAUUGGGUAUGUGUUUAUAUACAGUACCAGUCAAACGUUUAACACCUACUCAUUCAAGGGUAGGUGUAAAAAACGAAAGAAAACCCCUGGAAUGAGUAGGUGUUAAACGUUUGACUGGUACUGUGUAUAUAUAUAUAUAUAAUAUGCUGAAAUAUCUUGGAGCACUUUCUUUUCUGAAGUGCUGCCUCCCUCCUGUUGUUAUGAAAGGGGAAAAAUACAUUUGAUGGUAAGAUCAUUGUUACAAAACAAAUUGCACAGCGUAUGGUUGUUCUACUUAAGUGUCAUAACAUUUAUGGCCCGAGAGAGGACGACUGGAUAGGUGUCAAUGAAUGAGAGAAAGUGCUGACGUUUAAAAAAACAUUUUUUUGGGGGGGGGACACAUGUUCUGUUUUCGUUUUGCUUUUUUUCGAGCGAAACAAAAACAAAUGUCUGAGUUUAAUGAGAGAUGCUGAAGUUCCAUCGUGUUUUGAUUUUGGGUUUUCUUGUUUUUGUUCUGUAUUUUUUGUUUUUGAACGUUUGUAACACUGUGAUCAUGAUGUGUGUUGAGGAAAUGAGUGCUGUAAUAUUUUUGUACGUUUGUGUACAAGCCAGUAAAAAAAUCUUUAAACUC